CACAGAACAGCUUAUUGAAUAUUUGAAGAGACAAAAAAAAGUCUAUGAAACCAAUCAUGAUAUAAUUGUUGAACAGAAAUUACCUAUGGCGAGAAACUUAGAACUUUCUAAUUCAAUUGAAGAAAUUAGAAAAUGGAAAGUCCCUCAUGCUCAAUACUUCGAGAUCUUUCACCCAAAGGAUUGGUCAUUUAAUCAUUACAUUGCUUGGGUGCAUAAUAAUAUGAACAAGGCAAUGGCCAAUCGUACAUUUUACAAAGCUUUAGAAACCAUGAACAAUGAUAAAAACAUUUCACAGGAAUUUCAUAAUGUUAUUCAAGAACUCUUGAAAAGAAAAAAGUCUAGUAAAGUGAGUGAUAUAGGGGACAAAUCUAUGGAUGCAGAUAAAUCGGCAGGAGGAAAACGAAAAAAUACAGAUUCCACAGAUACCAGAGCCACAAAGAAAGAGAAAAAAGCAUCUGUCUCAACCAAAAAAUCAGAUACUACUCUUAAGGAACUUGAAGAAAUGCUUAUAUCAUUUUUUAAAUCAAGAUCAAGUCUCUCAUUAUCAUCUGCAUCUGAGGCAGUGUUGCAAGCUGUCGCUGAACUAUUGUUGCGAAAUGAUCAAAUUCCAGAAUUGUGUCUAAUAAUUGACAGCACUAAACCAAAGGGAGAUGGCAGAUUUGGAUUCAUGGAUCUUAUUUUCGGAGAUUUAAAUUAUUCAGUAAUAGAAUUAAAGUACAUUAAUCUCUCAGGUCUAAUAAAAGCAGCAAAUAAUAAUUGGAAUACAUAUCCAAGCACAAGUGAUUUAGCAACUCUUGACAAGUAUAUUGAGAGUGAAGAUGAAAAAACACUUUUGGAAAGAAAAUUUAUGUUUUGGUCGAAAAAAGAUAAUGAGCCAAAUCUUACAACAUUAAAUAAGACUUUAUUAUCUGCAGAUGAACAAGUUAAAAAGUAUAUGAAUGUAAUUGCAUAUGGGCAAGCACAAGAUGGUAAACCAGGUAUUAUAGAUUCCUGA